AUGGCAGAAGGCAGGAGAGCGGAUAUUGGGAUCGUUGGUCUUGCAGUCAUGGGACAGAACCUCGCCUUGAAUAUUCUAGAACAUGGUUUCGUCACUUGUAUCUACAACCGAACUUCGGAUAAGACGAAAGAGUUUUUGAACGCAGAGGGCAAGGGAAAAGAUUUCAUGGUGGCAUACACCCUAAAAAAUUUGGUCGAUAGCCUAAAAGUUCCCAGAAUUGUGAUGCUGUUAGUUAAAGCUGGGACAGCUGUUGAUGAAGUAUUGUCGAAAUUGGUAUCGCUACUGGAGCCCGGUGACGUCAUAAUUGAUGGUGGCAACUCGGAAUACAUCGACUCCACGAGAAGAGAAAAAAAGCUGAAAGCCAAGCAGUUGCUAUACGUCGGUAGUGGAGUGAGUGGGGGUGAGAAGGGGGCUCGCCAUGGGCCCUCCCUCAUGCCAGGGGGCAACAUCGAGGCCUGGCCCCUGAUCAAAAAUAUUUUUCAGUCCAUUUCAGCACAGGCAGACGGCGCUCCGUGUUGUGAAUGGGUGGGGCCGGAAGGGGCCGGACAUUUCGUGAAGAUGGUCCACAACGGCAUCGAGUACGGCGACAUGCAGCUGAUCAGCGAGGCCUACCACAUCAUGAAGCAGGUCCUCAAACUCAACAACGACGCCAUUGGCGAGAUAUUUGAACAAUGGAAUAGGACGGAACUGGAGUCCUACUUGGUCGAAAUAACGGCCGAAAUUUUGAAAUUUCACGACGAAGACGACCAGUCACUUCUUGAUAAGAUAGUCGAUAAAGCCGGACAGAAAGGAACCGGAAAAUGGACAACACUCUCAUCAUUAGAAUACGGAAUUCCCCUAACUCUUGUUGGCGAAGCCGUAUUCGCGAGGUGUUUGUCUGAAUUGAAGGAAGAGAGGAUGCUCGCUUCGAAGUGUUUGAAGGGCCCGGAUAACCUGACAUCCAACUAUCCAACCUGCUCCAAAGAGGAAUUCGUAGAGGACAUCCGCAAGGCACUCUACGCGUCGAAGAUUAUUUCCUAUUCGCAAGGCUUCAUGUUGAUGAGGAACACGAACUGCGCCUUCGGAUGGAAGUUGAAUUUGGGUGGCAUAGCGACCAUUUGGAAGGGGGGCUGCAUUAUUAGAAGCAAAUUUCUUGGAGACAUAAAGAGAGCGUUCGAUAGGGAGCCAAAUCUCGUCAACCUGCUUUUCAAUGAAUUCUUCACAGAAGCUGUCCAUUCUUGUCAGGAGUCCUGGCGCCGAGUCAUUUCGUAUAGCGUAUUGUUGGGAAUCCCAGUUCCAGCUUUCAGUACAGCUCUCGCUUUUUUUGACGGCUACAGAUCGAGCUGGUUGCCGGCUAACUUGAUCCAGGCACAGAGGGAUUACUUUGGGGCUCACACAUACAAACGUAGUGACCACCCUGACGAACCUGUGCACACCGACUGGACGAAAAGUCCUUCGAAACAAUCUCCUGCUCCUGCUGCCCAGCCUUGA